AUGCUUCAACGCCAGCAGUUCCUCUCUACGGCGGACUUCUGCGACCGGAAACGGUCAGUCGCUACCAAUGGGGACAUGGUGUCGAUGCACUUUGAGAUUACCCCGUUGCACGAAGCUCGCAGCGUCAAGGCCAUCUUCGACGCGCUGCAGACCUUCGUGUACAACAUCGAGAUCAGCAUCUCCGAGGCCGUCGGGGACAUCACAGUGCGUGAAAAUGACGACGCCAAGCCCGACAGCCCCGUGGCGCAGCACCGGCUUCACACCCUGAUCCAAAACGUGGUGCAGAUCGAAGCCAACAAUGUCGCGUUUGCAGCGUACGACCCGGCGGGUCAAGGCGGACGCGAGCUGGGGUUGUCAGUUUGUGACGCAGUGGAUGAAGACGAUUUGUUUCCGUAUCGACUGCUGGAACGCAUGCGUCAAGACAUGACGAUGAUCAUCCAGCUUGAGUCGAGCGAGGACGAGAGCGGGAUGCCGUUUGUCGCACUGACUCGGUGGUGGUGCCUACGCAUCCGGAAAUCGGGCAUUUAUGUGCCACCGUUCGCGGUGGAGCGUAUUAUAUGA